UUUGAAUUUAUCUUUUUCAGGAAAAAUGAUAUUGCUUAUAGACCCCAUUCCUGGCAUUCAGCAAAGUUUAAUUGAAAGCCCCAUGGAAACUCUGACUGCACAGCUAUCAAAUUCUAACUUUAAUCCUUCAUGGAGUUCCCAAUACCACUCCAGUUCUUCAUCGCAUGACUUGUCAAGCUCUUGGGACCAAGCCAACUUACAGAGAAGUUCUGGGCAUUUCAGCUCUGUGGGAAGUAUGGACAGUAUUGAUCAAACCUACCAGUCUGGAAGAUUGUCUUCUUCCAAAUCUAAUAACAGCAUAGACUACUUGGGUAACCAGAAUAAGAGGGAUUCAGCAUAUGGUUCUUUUUCUACAAGUUUUAUCACCCCUGAACACAGUUUAUCUAAAAACAAUUCUGUUUCUAGUGAAAAUAUCUUAUAUCAAAUUAAUGAAUUGGACAAUGGCAAACCAAAACACAGCAAAGCUGGACAGCUUUUACAGGAUCCCAGAAGAGCAGACGAUAAGCAGGGAUACCAAUCUCCAUCUGUAUCUUAUGAAAGUAACAAACAACAAAGAACAGAGGACAAUGUUGAGUCAAGACAUUCUGGACGCUCAAAUUUUGGGCCUGUAUGGAAUGUUCCUGAUAAGAGAAAAACAGCUUCUUCACCCCCUCCCCCACCUCCUCCACUUCGCAGUGACAGUUAUGCUGUUACAAAAAGCCAUGAGAAACCUGCACCUAUGCAUUCAGAGUUAACAAGCACACAGCACUUUAAUGUUGCAAAUAGGUCUCAUCCACGACCUGACUGGAAUUCAGAGAUUCCAGAUUAUCAACAAAGACUUUUAAGAGCCCCUGAUAGGAGAAUAAGUAAUUCUUCGUAUCAGUCUGAAAUCAAUUUGGAUCAAAUAGCAUCUUAUAAAGAAAAACACCAAAAUAGUGUACCACAUUCCAGUAGGUUACAGUCUUCUCAGUCUACAAAUGAUGUUAGGUUUGCUCAGCCCUCCUAUAAUUACCAUCACCAGCGUCAAUACAGCGAUGAAAGCACUUUCUUUCAAAAUACAAGAGUGUCACAACCACAGCAAGUGGCCUUUUCUUCUGGAAGUUAUGAGAUGGCUUCAGACCAACCACAUGUUUACAGUGUGAAUCACACUAGAGCUCCCAGUUCUUCUGAGUGCAGCACUGGGGAAAGGGUAAGAGGGGAUAGUAAUGCACCAAGCCGAACUACCACUGCAAGUUCAAAACAGCCACCUCAGGUACCCAUCUUGCAUCAUUCAUAUAAAGAGGAAUAUGGCAAAUCUGAAGUCUCUUCUAAUACAUGGUCCACACAGCAAGAUGUUGAGGACCUAAAGACUGGUUAUUCUCUACCUCAGCAAAACAAUCAUCCUUCAUUAGAAAACUGUGACAUGUAUAAUUCAAAAGUGGUAGAGAAAAAAGAUAUUUACUCAAGUAGUAAUGAAAGAAUGAAACCUAAAAAAAAUAGCGACUACCAUGAA